AUGGCUAACUGUGUAUCUCAGUCCAAGAAUGACAUGUUCCUGGGAACUGUCGAUAUUAUCAAAAUGGAACUCGAAGAGUUAGUCAACGCCCUUGUUGACUUAAUCAGCCUCGACGUUGAGAGGAUUUUCGAUGAUAUGGGCGAUGAUUACUUGACAGGGGUGAAAAGCUCAAGCGAAAUGAUGGAGACACCCCUCAAGGAGGAGCUACUUUCAUUUUUGAAUAGUACAUCACUCUUUGGUGACAUUGCCAGAGAAGAAGAGCUGCCUGGAGAUAAUGCAGAUCCAACGAACACCGUUCUUGAUUCCAAGCCAGCAGUGGUAACUACUAUGAACGGCUCCGAAGUCAAGUAUGAGCUUUAG